AUGACGGGCCCUCGCACGAAGCGGCAAUUCGCCGGCGCGGCCAGCGAUCCGUCGCAGCGCUCCAUCACCUCCUUCUUUUCCCGGUCUACAUCAGGGGCCAAUUCCAAUUCCGCCAACCCCUCCCCAAAGCCUCCCCUUGACGGUCCCGCCGUCCCCGCUCAGAUCCAAACCGACCUCCUCAAUGUCGGCAUGCGAGUCCGCAAGGCGAUCCCCGAAGGUUACAAGACCGGCACCGCCUACAGCGCCUUCACCCUCUGGGCCGAAGACAAUGCCACCAAAAAUACUGCCGAUGACGCCCAGCCAAGCUCGGCACCGUCCAGCGUGCCGUACAAUUCUUCCAUGCGCGAGCUCGAGCCCUUCUGCGGGCUGAACAGGGUUGGCGGCUUGGCCUUUCAGCCUGCCUACGAUAGCAGCAGCAACGGAGAUGGCAAUCCGGGCUUGACCAGCAGCCAAGAUACCGUCUCGUCCUCGUCCUCGUUCUCGCCCUCAUCCUUCGCGGCUUUCGCCAACCCUGCCGGCACCCUUAACAUCGCCACCGCAUUCUCCUCUGCGCCUCAACCCCCAACCCGCAAGCGCAUUUACACCACCGACGAAGAGGAAGCUGCCCACAGCGCCCUGUCCACCACGCUCCCCUAUCGCGGCCCAACACGCCUGAGCAGCGAUAAUCCGGUUGCCGCCUGGCUCGAAGAGGAAGUUUCACCGCGGAGUUUGGUGCCGCCGGCUGGGGCGUGGGAGAAUGCGCGGGUGUUGGCCGUGCCGAGGCGCUCGGAAGAGGAGGACGAUGAUGAUGACGAGGAGAUGGGUGGGUCUGGGCAGGAGAAUGUGAUGGUUGUGGGGAAGGGGCGGGAUGGGAAUGAUUUUGAGGAGGCGAACUUUCUGGACUAUGGUAGGAUGGAGGUCGAGUAA